AUGAGAGGCGUAUUUGCAAUACUGGGGGCGCUGGUCCUGUCACUGUUCUUUGCUCCAACAGAAAUCCGUGCUUUAUUUAAGCGUCGCGAGACACAAGCUCCCAAGUUGGGACAUGCAGACCUUCUGGAAAACAACGGGAGUGACACGAUGUCCCUGAAAGCAACAGAAUGGUAUAUGAAGACGGCGGUAGCCAUGAUUAAGGGAGCAAGACCGUAUCUUGAAGACACCUGUGUGCUUACCGCUGCGGUUCCUGGCGCGCCUAACGCCCGUAUUCAAGCCGUGUUCGACGGGCACGGGGGGGCAUUCGCGGCCCAGUUUUUGGCUACACAUUUGCAAGAGGUUUUGACCACCAUUGUCAUCAUCGAACGCCUCACCCAUCCGGAGGAGGUGAUUGUCCAAGGGAGGGAGAUUAUUCCGUCAACCCUAACAGCGUUCAAAACCAUUCAUGAGCUGGACACUCCCCUUGGCAAAAUUCUACCACGCCAGAAAAUAGUUAUUGGCAAUAAACGGUGGCCCUUCAAGCUUCACGUCGUCAACGUGGGUGACUCCCGGGCGCUGUUGCUAAAUCAGCGCUUGUACGCUCCUUUGACAAGAGACCACCGGCCAGAUGAUCCAGCCGAGCAGGCGCGUAUUGAAGCGGCUGGCGCUGAGGUGAAAAUGGACAGAGGCACUCCGCGAGUCAGAGGGCUCGCAAUGAGCCGCUCGUUUGGCGAUUCUGAUAGAAAACGUGGACCGGGUCCGCACCCAAUCACUGCAAAGCCAGAUAUAAGACAGUUCUUCGCGUCUGCGAACGACGUUCUCCUUCUCCAUACCGACGGUCUUGAUUUUGGAGGAGCUGACUGGGAUUUAGUAGCUGACGAGGUUAGAGAAAGCCUCCGGAGGAGCGACGGGAUCCGCAAUAUGGUAACCAGACUCGUCAUGGAUGCCCAUCGCGGAGGCUCGAAAGACAACAUUACUGCCCUGAUGACGUUUUUUUCUAAACAUCUUCAAGAACAGCCUACAGCCAAACUUCGAAUUCUUCGAAAGCGGCAGAAAAACAACCGUUCAAAAAAGCUGCUUCCUCUGGAGGAGGACUGGACGGACAAGCUAUUGCAUGGUCCAGCCGGCGGCUUCUCGCUACCCAUGUUCUAG